GCUAGUGACGUCAUGUCAUCUCUCCAUCGCCGCCUGCUUUUGCGUGACGUCACGAGAUACCAGGAAGCUGCUGCUCCGCUCCUGAGUUCCGAGAAUUGGUCUGAUGGAGUAAAGACACUCACCAGAGCUCCAUACAAAGAGGCACCAAUGUGAUCAGUCUCCUUACAGCAUGGAUUACACUGGAAACUUGAAACAACACCAGGGAACACGCACAGGAGUGAAACCAUUCAAGUGUACUGUGUGUGGAAAGACAUUUGCUCGUUCAACAACCCUUCAGAACCACCAGAGAACACACACGGGAGAGAAAUCUAUCAAGUGCGCUGUGUGUCGGAGAGCAUUUGGAUCGUUAUCAAUUCUUCAUGACCACCGGAGAACACACAUUGGAGAGAAACCUUUCAAGUGCACCGUGUGUGGAAAGUCAUUUGCACAGUCAACACAUCUUAGAACGCACCAGAGAACACACACAGGAGAGAAACCUUUCAAGUGCACUGUGUGCGGUAAGACAUUCGCUCAUUCAACAACUGUUCAGAAUCACCAGAGAACACACACUGGAGAGAAACCAUAUAAGUGCACUCUGUGUGGGAAGGCAUUUUCACUAUCUUCACAUCUUCAAUACCACCAAAGAACACACACAGGUGACAAGCCCUUCACGUGCACUGUGUGCGGGAAGACAUUUGCUCGUUCGACAACUCUUCAGAUCCACCAGAGAACACACACUGGAGAGAAACCUUUCAAGUGCACUGUGUGUGAGAGAGCAUUUGGAUCGUUAACAAUUCUUAACGACCACCAGAGAACACACACAGGAGAGAAACCUUUCAAGUGCACUGUAUGCAGAAAGACAUUUGCUCAUUCACCAACCCUUCAGAACCACAAGAGAACACACACGGGAGAGAAACCUUUCAUGUGCACUUUGUGUGGGAAGUCAUUUGCACAGUCAACACAUCUUAAAACACACCAGCGAACACACACAGGAGAGAAACCUUUCAAGUGCACUGUGUGUGGGAAGACAUUUGCUCGUUCAACAACUCUUAAGAAUCACCAGAGAACUCACACAGGCGAGAAACCAUUUAAGUGCACUGUGUGUGGGAAAGCUUUUACACUGUCUUCACAUCUUCAAUACCACCAAAGAACACACACAGGUGACAAGCCCUUCAAGUGCACUGUGUGCGGGAAGACAUUUGCUCGUUCAACAACUCUUCAGAUCCACCAGAGAACACACACGGGAGAGAAACCUUUCAAGUGCACUGUGUGUGAGAGAGCAUUUGGAUCUUUAACAAUUCUUAAUGACCACCAGAGAACACACACAGGAGAGAAACCUUUCAAGUGCACUGUAUGCAGAAAAACAUUUUCUCAUUCACCAACCCUUCAGAACCACAAGAGAACACACACAGGAGAGAAACCUUUCAUGUGCACUUCGUGUGGGAAAUCGUUUGCACAGUCAACACAUCUUAGAACGCACCAGCGAACACACACAGGAGAGAAACCUUUCAAGUGCACUGUGUGUGGGAAGACAUUUGCUCGUUCAACAACUCUUAAGAACCACCAGAGAACUCACACAGGCGAAAAACCGUUCAAGUGCACUGUGUGUGGGAAGUCGUUUGCACAGUCACCACAUCUUAUAAAACACCAGAGAACACACACAGGAGAGAAACCCUUUCUGUACACUGUGUGUGGGAAGGCUUUUCAACAGUUAUGCGAUCAAAACAAGCAUCAAAAGAUUCGCAAGGGAAUGACUCUAUUGGCCUGUGAAAGGCCAAGUGCUGCAAUGAGUCCAUCCCUCGUGAUACAAGAACCAGAAGUGAAGCCCAUAUUGGAUGCUUUGAAAGGAAUCAAGGUGAAAUGUGAAGAAGUGGUGAAAUAUGAAGAUGAAGAUUCAACUACAAAAUCUGACCUCCACAUCGAUGGAGGCAGCGUGAAACAAGAGGAGAAUUCUGACUCUGAGGCACAGCGAGGCAAUUCCCUCCAGUUUGUGGAUGUGGAGGUGUGGGUGGACUUUUUAUACAAUACAGAGUCAAAUGGAGUCCAGGUGGAUGUGUAACCAUGAGCUUGAGACAAAGCUCCAAUGCAUCCACCUUUGUUACAGGCCUUUUGAAUGAAAAUAAUGUGAAGUUGAACACUCGAUUCCUAGGUCCAACCUGCAGAGUAGUAGCGGCCAAUGUUUGUGUACCUGUAGGUUGGGUAGAUGCAUAACCAGGAGUGAGAGACAAAGCUCCAAAUCAUUCUCUACAUUAUAAUAAUUUUUGUAUUUAUAUGGUACUUGCUUAAUCGCCUCAGCAACUCAGUGUUUUGUAACAUAGCUCAUCUCCAACACUCGAAGGGUGCCCCCAAGUGGCAGCUGCCUCUGAGGAGUACAAAGCGAUCCUCCACCGGCCUGCAUGUUGGCAUGAGUCUGUCAAUAGGAGGCAAUUAUUGAUGUGUAAUCCCAGUUGUCAUUUGUGGAUAAUGUUUAGAAUUCGGCAAAAUUUUGCGGAUGAAGCCAGCAUACAAUGGCCUACUUGUUUUUGAAUGACAAUAGUAUAUUUCAACAUCCACUGUUAAGUAGACAAAUCAAAAUGUGCACUUCCUGGAGUAAACCGGGGUGCCUGUCGGAUUUGAACCCUGAACCUCUGCAACAAAUCGAGAAUGCACUACCACUUACCUGAAUCUUGAGUGCCGCAAGUGUAGUAGGAGAUCAACUUACUGGAAAUACGAUGUAAUGGGAUGCAGCACAUUUCAGUGCAGUAAUACAAUUUUGUUAAUGCCAGUGGGUAAUUUAGAAUGAGAAUCUAAUGAAUAUUUGUCUAAAUUGUUUGCAUACAGGUAACAUUUUGUCUAUAAGGGCCAAAUAUGGAAUCCGUGAUUGACUGGACAAAAGUGUGUGUUUGGUAGUAACCUGUAAAGUGAAUUUACGUGAGAACUGUUCUCGUGAUACAAGUCAAAGAGUAUUUAUUUGUGAUUCAGGAAGAAUCUGCCUCUAGAGCAACUCAUUGUAUUUGAAAUAAGGAACAUAGUCGGAUAAUUCAUCAGUUACAAGGCAGAGCACUUAAAACGUAUAGGAGAUAUUCUCCACAACAACAUUUUAUAAUUUAAUGCCUUAUAUAGAUUUUGUCAAGCUCGGUCUAGAAACGGUCCUUGCUGAGGAACAUGAGGACAUUCACAACUAUCGGCUGAAGCAAGCCCGAAUGCUGUUGAGACACUCUACACCAAAAGCGGUUCAAAGUUGGCUUGCACUGAAUCAAUGCUGCAGAAAAUAUGCACUCACAGAAGGCCGUGAGAUUUAUAAUUUGUUUAAAACAUUCCUUUCCUGGAGAGACCGAUAAAUGAAAAACAUCGUGUCUGCCGUUUAGUUUCAUAGCAAGGAGGUUAUUUUAAGAGCGCAUUUGAAAGCAUAACGUUUUUUCUUAUAGCCUAGGUUUCAUUUGAUUUCUAUCUCUGUUUAAAUAUAUAUUUUUAAUAAAAUGUGUCCUUCAAUGUCACACCUUGUUUACCAUAUGUUUACUUAAAUAUGUAGAAGCUUUCUAUGGAGACGUCACCUCAAAGUCACGGGUAGGUGAUGUCAGAGCCUCCCUCUCUCUGGCUUGUGACAUCACCAAGAGCAAAACUCGCCUCCACGGGAUGUGAUGAUUGUGCACUUGUAAUGCAUUCGUACGGUCAUCAAAUCUUGACAGACACCACAGAACACGCACAGAAUAGGAGUCCAUCACAUGUACUAUGUGGUAAGACGUUUGCACGGUCAUCAAAUCUUCACAACUGCCAGGACAUACACAUUUUAAAAAACCCAAUCAAGUACACUGUUCAAAGGCCUUUGAAGUGUUGAA